UUCAUCGAGCUGUGGCGUUUAUUGGAGAUAUUUCGCGAAUUGGGCCUACAUAUGACAGAUCCGGUUUCAAGUUUAAAUCGACAAGGAGUUGAACACCUCCUCAAUCGAAUUUACGCAGUGAUAAAUCCGAUGUGCAUUGAAAAGGCCUUGACUCAAAACGAGACCACUAGUGAGAUACUACUCGGAUGGCUAACUUACAUACUAGAUCCCAACAAUUGUGGACGAAUGACUGUUAGCGGGCUCAGGGUUGCUCUGUCUACUCUCGUUACUGGCAAACCAGCGGAAAAGUUUACAUCGGAAGAAUUUGUGGAGAAAAUGCUUACAGAACCAGGGCCGCAAUCUUUCAGUUGGUUGAAAGUAUUUCAUAGGCUUGGAAUUGUUGAAAAUGUCCAACAUCCGCUGAAGUGUGAGGGGUGCAAACGGGAGCCAAUUGUGGGGUUGCGAUAUAAAUGCACCCGUUGUCCGAGGUACAAUCUCUGCCAGGAUUGCUUUUGGACGGGUAUCACCACCGGUUCUCAUACCAAUAGUCAUGAUGUAAAGGAGUAUACUUCAGCCACGGUAAUAAUUUUCCUACUUUCAAAAAUAUUCAGCAUUAGGAAGACUGGGAUUCUGGACAUCUAA